CUAUUUGAAUAGAUUUUCUUUCGUAGAGUUUGAACAACUCUUCACUGAAUUCAAACAAAUUCUACUCCAUGGCAAGACCGGAGGAAGCAUUAUAUUGCAUCUGAACUCUGAAGGGAAGACACCGCCUCCAAAAAUAUCAGGGAAGCUUAGCUAAAAAUGCCACCAUGCGACGUGGCGACAACUCAUCACGCCCCUCGUUUCCCUGGCACGAGCCUUCCACGUGGCAACGAUUCGCCAUCAUUUUAAAUGUUUUUAUCGUCUAUUUUUGAAAUUUUUGCGUAUUUUUCCGGUGAAUUUAAACUUGGCCAGAUCACUUCUCCAUCCAUUUUAAGUGUCGCCCUAGCUGCUAUAAAACCAGCCGAGACGAGGCGAGCUGAGGCCAACCACGGCGGCGGCGGCGAACGAUCCAUCAGUUCAUCGGCAUGGACAAGAACGGCAGCAGCUACGGCGAGAGCUCGUCGGACGACGUGGAGGCGCCGCUGCUGCUGCCGGCGGCGAGGGGCGGGACGAUGGCGAAGGGUGAUCGUCGACGUCCGGCGUCGUCGGCGGCGGCGGCGUGGGUGCGCGCUCUGCUCGCGCACAAGUACCCGGCGAUCGCGGCGGGGCCGGCGGCGUGCGCGGCGGUGUGCGCCGCCGUGGACCUCGGGGACGGGCACGGCGAGGCGCGGAACAUGCUGGGCGUGCUGGCGUGGGUGUUCCUCUGGUGGGUCACCGGCGCCGUGCCGCUCGCCGUCGCGUCCAUGGCGCCGCUGUUCCUCUUCCCGGCCCUGGGGAUCUCCUCCUCCGACGACGUCGCCAGGGCGUACAUGGGCGACGUCAUCUCCCUCGUCCUCGGCAGCUUCAUCCUCGCCCUCGCCGUCGACCACCACCGCAUCCACCGCCGCCUCGCCCUCAACGUGCUGUCCCUCUUCUGCGGCGAUCCGGUGCGGCCGUCGCUGCUGCUCCUCGGCGUCACCGGCACGACCGCGCUCGUCAGCAUGUGGAUCCACAACACGGCGUGCACGGUCAUGAUGAUGCCGGUGGCGACGGGGAUCCUGCAGAGGUUCCCCCGCGGCGACAUCGACGACGGCGGCGGGCAGGAGGUGCGGCGAUUCUCCAAAGCGGUGGUGCUCGGCGUGGUGUACGCGUCGGCGAUCGGCGGCAUGGCGACGCUGACCGGCACCGGCGUGAACAUCAUCCUGGUGGGGAUGUGGUCGUCCUACUUCCCGGAGCAGAGGCCCAUCACCUUCAGCUCAUGGAUGUCCUUCGGCCUCCCCAUGGCGAUCAUCCUCUUCCUCGCGCUCUGGCUCACCCUCUGCCUCAUGUACUGCUCCAACAACACCGCCAAGGCCCUCUCCGCCUACCUCGACAGAAGCCAUUUGAGACGAGAGCUCAGCUUGUUAGGUCCAAUGGCUUUUGCAGAGAAGAUGGUCUUGGCUGUGUUUGGGGGCCUAGUUGUGCUGUGGAUGAGUAGGAACAUAACAGACAACAUCCCUGGAUGGGGAGUUCUUUUCCACAAUAAAGUUGGGGAUGGCACAGUUACUAUCAUGAUGGCCACCCUUCUGUUCAUAAUCCCCAGCGGGAAGAGGGAGGGUGAGAAGCUGAUGGACUGGAACAAGUGCAAGAAGAUCCAGUGGAACAUCAUCCUUCUCCUCGGCGCAGGAUUCGCCAUUGCCGAUGGCUUCAAGACGAGCGGCCUCACCGACAUCCUCUCCAACGGCCUCAGGUUCCUGAAAGGGGCGCCGACGCUGGUGAUCGUGCCUGUCGCCUGCGUUUUCAGCGGGAUCAUGACAGAGUUCACUUCUGACGACUCAACCACGACGCUGGUGCUGCCAUUGUUCGCUGAACUUGCCAAAUCCAUUGAGGUGCACCCUGCCUUGCUCAUGGUUUCCGGCGCAAUCGGGGCCCAGUUGUCAUACUUGUUGCCCACCGGAUCGCCGUCAAACGUUGUCGGCUUCAGCACCGGCUACAUUACCAUCAAGGAUCUGGUGGCCACUGGGUUGCCCCUGAAAAUUGUUGCCAUUGCAGCUCUGACAGUCUUACUGCCAACAUUAGGAUCAACGAUUUUUGGCAUGGACAUCAAGUCAUAGGAACAUAAAUAUGAAGUUUUUGAGAAUGUACAGUAGUUUCUGUUUCUGUAUCUCAUGCCUGAACUAUUGUUGAGGGGUCAGAUGGCAUGGUUUGUAUAAGAGUAACCAUAGGGAUUUCUCAGCCGUUCUGUAUUACUGUAUCUGAGACGUGCCCCGGGAGAUCAGAUUUCUUGUCAAGACAGAAGCAAGGAAGACAAGCAGACAAUAGAAGAAUGAUCAAAAUGAAACGUAUUCAAACAAUCCAUAUCCUUCAGAUGAGCGUACAAUAUGCAGGUCUUAUCCUCUAGAGGUGCUAUAGCUUAUUGUUCUUCACAAAAUAUGUAAAGUUAAAAGAGUGUCGGCAUAUAUAUUAAAUUGAACAGAAUAUGUGGUACAAGAAAGCUGAAAGCCUGAUAUUGUCAAACUA